CAAUGACGCUGGCGAUAUUGGGAGGGCAUGGGUAGCCGUGGCUGUGGAGGAGCCUGAGAUUGCAGGAGUCGUAGUCGAGUUCGAAGGCGCUGUGGUCGGCAAGGGCAGGAGGACCGUUGCUGCAGUCGCCGCUGACGGGAUCGCUGCAGAUAGAGCCCUGGUUGGCCAUCGUGCAUUUCUCCAGGGUCGCUCUGCGACCGGGCUCAAAGAACGCAGAUGCAUCUCUGGCUUGCGGCUGCACCGCUGGGGUUGGGUGUCUGCCCCAGCCAGAUUGGCGCAAACAGCAGCGCAGAGAGCAGGCCAGGCCAGCCAGGACAAUCAAGAGCCAGACCAAGACAAUCAAGAGCCAGGCCAGGACAAUCAGCAGCCAGACAAAGCUCGGUAUUGUCUCCCGAGCACUUGCGAGCAGCGAGAUGCAGGCCGCCUUGCCACCCGCACCGAAUCGCUGCCAAUCAGCGCCUGCUGCCGACAAUGGAUGCCAGGAUCUGCGGGCGACUUGUGACGGCAAGCAUCCGUUCGAUAUCGGGCGAUCGGGCCACCGAUGUCUCCAUUGCGGACGAUCCCCGAGACCAGGUCGGCGACCAAGAUCCCACGCGAUCCUCGCCAAAUCAAGAAACUACGGUAUUCUUCGCUGUGUCCACCAACGGCUCUCGAUGGGCCUCUCUCUCCUGUCAGCUCAUUGGAGCAGUCGACUGGGGCGAGUCGGAUCGAUGGCAAAGAGCAGCGGUGCGUGUUGCGAGUAUAUAGACAUGCUCCAAUCGUGCAAAUAUUGUCCGGCGACGGGCAUGCGUCGAUCUUGAUGGACGAACCAGAGCAUGGUCGGGCCGACAGGGGUUUAGAUGACCUUGGCUUCGUUCUUCAGCUUGUCGACGAGCUGUGGGGGUAUAGAGCACAGCUGAUC